AUGCCUCAGGCGGUUCAACUGACGUGGACCGAUGUGGCCAGUAUGUACAAACACUUAAUGGAGCAGGUGGCAGAAGCACCCGCAUCCAAAGGGCUCGGUAUCAUCUGUACAGCCGCCGUAGCCACCCUAAUCACGGUCGCCUUCAUCAAGCGCUUAUAUUAUCGCAACUGGCAUCCGUUGUGUCGCUUUCGUGGUCCUCCCGAGGCUGCUUCAUCGCGACAUUGGAUCUACAGAGUGACCGACCGUGGCUUUCCCGAGGAGGACCUCGAAAAGCUUCAUCAGAAGUAUCAAACGCAAGCGCUACGCAUUGGUCCCAACGAGCUACAUAUUACCGAUGUUCACAAGUACAAGGUCAUAUAUAGUCAAAGCAAGCCGUUCCCGAAGCAUGCAGAGUUCUAUGAGGCUUUCAACACACCCCAUACAGUCUUUACCGAGAUCGAUGAAGGAAUGCAUAAAGAGCGCCGACGUCUACUGAAUCCCUUCUUCUCCCGAGCAGGUGUCUUCAAACUCGAACCCAUCAUCCAUGAGAAGGCGAAGAUUUUGAUGAAAAAGAUCCGGCGACUUGAGAAUAGUCACACUGUUAAUGUGUAUGAUGCUUUCAGGUAA